AUGUGCAAACACGUUCUCAACGCCCAGGUGGCGAUCCGCUCGCCUUGCUGUCGUAAGUGGUUCGACUGUGCCGAGUGCCACCAAGAAAACGAAAGCCAUCCUCUACAGCAGGCGUACGAAAUGAUCUUUGCCUGCAAGAAGUGCAAGAAGUGCUUCCGCAAGGACGCUCAGGAGUUCGAUGAGAGCGACGAAUACUGCCCCCAUUGCGAUAACCACUUUGUCAUUGAGGCCAAAACACCAAAGGCCGCCAUCACCAUCGAAAGUGAGGACGUACGCAUGGACAACAGAAUGCUAAAGGAUGAUCGCCAAAAACAAAAGUUCCUUCGAUCGCUCUUCGACCCGGAUGAGGACGCAGACAGACUGGGUUAA